CACACACUCAAUACGGCCAAAGGUUACACUCAGAGGCGCUCUCGGGUGGAUAACCCACGCCUGGUUCAUAAACCUCCGGUUCUGGUUGACAUCCCCCUCGUUCGCGUGAAAUUACGUAAACGACUAGCAGGAGGAUCGGUAAAGUUGCUCAAGUGUGCGACCUGGACGUGGUGUCUGAUGUAGACUCGGUUCUGAGUUGGUCUCGUACGGUCUUCCCUCCGCUCCACACCGCUGGCCUUGUAUCAUUUCUCGACAGCCGGGAAAGAGGCGCUGGUCGCGGGUAUGGACGCCGUGUGGAUGCUGCCUGUGCUGCUGGUGUUCCCGCUUCUUUUAUGGACCAGCAGCACGUUCGUUUACUAUUUCAAGAAGUGCUUCUAUGUGGCGUACAUGAUGCUGCUGGCCGUUGCCACCAUACCGAUGUGCAUUCUGAAAAGCGGCGGCAGAGACAUUGAGAAUAUGAGGGUAAUCCGGUUCAUGGUUCGUCAUGUGAAGUAUUUCCUGGGUCUGCGCUAUCAGGUCAGCGGUUGGGAGCAUCUACAGACAGAAGGACCCUACGUCAUCAUCUCCAACCACCAAUCAUCACUCGACGUGCUAGGCAUGAUGGAGAUACUGCCGGACCGCUGCACGAUGGUAGCUAAGAAGGAGCUGGUGUGGGCCGGGACGGUGGGCAUGAUUUGCUGGCUGGGUGGAAUCGUCUUCAUCAACCGGCAAAAGACCAGAGACGCCAAGAACGUCAUGAGUGAAGCUGCUAAAACCAUGAUAGCCGACCAGAUCCGAUUGUGGGUGUUUCCAGAAGGCACACGGAAUCAGAACGGCGGGCUUCUUCCGUUUAAAAAGGGAGCGUUUCAUCUGGCCAUUCAAGCACAGGCUCCCAUCAUACCCAUCGUGUUCUCGUCCUACAGUAACUUCUACCUACGAAAACAAAAAGAGUUCAAAUCAGGAACCAUCACUCUGAAAAUCCUUCCAAAGAUCGAGACAAAGGGACUGACGGCAGAUGAUGUCACGGCUCUCUCCGACCAAUCAUUCGGCGUCAUACAUUCGGCCUUCCUGGAGAUUUCCAGCCAAGCCCCCCAGUGCAACGGGCCGUCCAGCCACUGAGCGCUGCCAUCGCGCCCUAUCUUUCGCUCCGACAACAAGGAUGGCUCAAGACUACGUCGUUGCCGUGGUGACGGUAACCGCGACAACCAGGCGUAUCCUCUCCGACGGCCCCGUGAAGCAGGAACACAUGUCCAUUCAAACUAAAACACACAAGCAUUCACGUUGACUACAUACAGAUGUCAUUUUAGCCAAGUUUCGAUAUCCCGUUGGACUCCAGGGGGCGCUAAGCAGCGGAACAGUGUUUUUUUUUUGUUUUUUCACCUGGCCUGGUGCGACGCUUUGUCCCAUGUCCCUUUCGACGUUGGACUGCUUUUGUCUGCGACGUGUUGAGUUUCGGAGUGAUGCUCUGAGAACGUCGUGGAUGUGCGUUCGACAUGCAUGUCUUUUUGACUUUCAAUGUUCUCUUCCUUUCACUGAUCUACAAGGACUCGAUUCAUUGGUUCGUGUAGGUCGCUUUUUCUCAAGGUACUCUGUUUGCAUUAUGGGAAAUCUGUGACAAAUAUCUGUUCGUUGGUUUUUUUGUUGUUUUUUUUUCGUAUUCAUUAUUAGUUGCCAGAGUAUUUUUGAAGGGUGAGCGCUCAAAGAUGCCCUUUAUUGUUUUAGAUAAUUGCUGACCAAAAAGUGAAUUGGGAAAUGUCCAAUACACUCCAGAGUAAAGCUUUUUGUGUCGUCACAACCAAGGAUUUGGAAAAAUGCCAAGAGAUAGAUCCCCGCUUUCAAGGUUAGUUCAUAACGAAGCUUUAUCAAGUGCGGCUUCUUCCUGUGCCAUGUGUCCAAAGUGUCUCAGCCGGUGGCUGCGUAAAGCUAGAAUAUUGUGAGAAACACUAUUGAUUAUUGAUCUGUGAUCAGGAUGUUUGAUUAGCGUUUAGGGAUAGAAAUAUGUUCCGGUUGACUUUGCUCGUUUCUUUUGUUUUUGUUUAUUUUCAGGCUACAAAAUAUCAGAUUUCAUUCAUACAGAUGUAUUUAACAUUGUUCAGUCCUAUUGUUUAAUGUAGAAACCAUUUACAAGUGAACUGUUAUAAUAACUGAUCGAAUAAGUAUUAUCUAACACAUUAUAUAGACUGGCACAAAGGAGCCAACUUAACUAAAAUGUGUUUAAGAGUCAUUAUUAUUCAGACUUUUGAUGGAUCCGAAUUUAUUUGACAUAUGUUAGCAGAUGGUAGCAUCAAAACCUGGAUUGUUCUUCCAACACCUCUUAUAAUAUAAUCCCAAGAAAUGAUUAUAAUGUAAAUCACAGAGGUUUGUAACAUUUUAAGUGGAUAUUGACGUAUAGAAAAAUGAUACCGCUAAAUUGCACUCAUUCUUAGAUCAGAUAUUAAAUUUUAACUUAAACUUUAAGUUUUUACCAAGGAAAAGUCCAUAUGAAAAUAUAUUUGGAAAAAAGUUCACAAUUUAAUCUCAAAAUGACCAAUUAUUUAACAUCUAUUUAUUAAACCAGACUGUAUCACCAGCUUAUGGCAGGAUUAUAAUAUAAAUAUUUGUAAUUAUUUCAAAGACAUUUCUAAUCGCGCUGCAUUUUUGAAUCUUAUAUUUAAUGCUUGAUGUUGCGGUUCUUAUUGUUUAAGAAUGUAUAACAUCGUUGAUAUAAUAUGUACUAUGUUAUUUAAAAGGACUGAACUGUACGCAUUACAUUAUAAUGGCUCACUGAGCUCAAAGAUAAUUUCAGAACUUGAUUUGAACGGAUGUUUGAGUUGGUUAUUGCAAAAUGUCCAAAUAAAACCCAGUGAUUAUUAUAAUUAUUACUACUAGUUGUACGAAUCUAAAUACUGAUGCAAUUAUUGAACCCUUUUAUGUUGUGUAUUAGGUCACAGAUUUUAUAAGGCCUUUUCCUUUUGUUUUCGGUGUAAUUUUCGCCCUGAUGACUGAAAACCGCGCUGCGUACACAAAUCAAUGUACGAAAGUGUGUACAAGGUGUUGUGUGAUUUUCACCAAAGCUAUUAAGGAUGUAUAACAGGGGAAGCUUGUAAAAGCUCUGAUUCUAAGAUCCGUUAGACGAACCUGUCAGACAUUUCACGGGCAGCCUUGUGUAUGUGUGUGUAUGUAUGAAUGUGUGGUCCAUUGUGUGUGCUGAAUGUGUUUGAAUGGUGAGCAGACACACAAAUGAGCUAUAGCCCAUUGUAAAAUCUGUAAAGUCAUAUAAGACGAUGAUUAUAUAUAAAAAUUGUUGAUUGUGGUAGAAUCUGGAUGCGAACUGUGUUAAGAACAUCUAGGACAAAGAGUUAAUAAAAUCUGUUUUU